AUGCGACCGGUUGAUGUAGCAGAAACAAUUAAUGGGAAUUAUCUGGUUUCAGAUUAUGAUUUACACUGUGUGACGGUAUACAAUACAAGUGGACACUACAUGUCUAGAUUUGGCCAACGUUACCUCUCUGGUCCUAAAGGUAUGGUUGUAGACAGUCGUGGACGUAUUGUGGUAGUCGAUCAAAAAUCUUGUAUGAUUUGUAUUUUUAAGCCAACUGGAAAGUUUAUCAAUCGCUUCGGUGCACGCGGUCUAGCUGAUAAUCAUUUUGGCAAUCCAAUAUUUAUAGCUGUUAAUUCACGAGAUGAAAUAUUUGUCUCAGAUCAUGUACAUCAUUGUAUUAAAGUAUUUGAUGUAAAUGGACUAUUUUUAUUUAAAUUUGGAGUGAACGGAAUUGAUCCGGGUAUGUUACAUGCUCCAACAGGUAUUGGAUUUGAUCGAUUUGACCAUAUUUAUAUCAGCGACUGGGGGAACAAUCGGGUACAGGUAUUUGAUCAAACUGGAAACUAUUUACGUAUGAUUGACAGUAAACUGGAGACAUUAAGCGGUCCUCAAGGUUUGGCGCUGCAUCAAGUAUCCAAUAAACUUCUUGUUGUAGAUCCAGGCAAUUAUUGUUUCAAGGUAUUCAAUGCCAAUUCAACAAAAGAUCAAGGCCGACAAUCAUCCAUAUUCGUCAGUCGGAGUUAGUGGUUUGGUGAUCACAAAUUUGAAAAAAAACAUUGAGAUUUCAAUAAUGCCUUUCUUAUAAUUACAAAACUAAGCUUCCUUAAUCCUAC